CUGUAAUUUUUUUUCUAAUUGUUUCAGAAAUUAUUAUCAUCAUAUACAAUAGUAACUAUAUUUACUUGACUUUGUACAAGAUUUGAUAUUAGUUGUCAAGAGUACUUCAGGUGCAAAAAUGGAUGUUGUAAACCAGGCUGGACCUCGGGUAAACAAAGUUAUAGAUGGCAUCGCAGAAAGAGUUCAAAAACUAUUUCAGGAUUUCUUGGAAGAGUUUUCAGUUGAAGGCGAAGUGAAAUAUCUUGCACCUGCCGAAGCUUUGAUGAGACCUGAACGCAACACCCUUACUGUAAGCUUUACAGAUAUCGAAAUCUACAAUCAACAACUAGCGACUACUAUUCAAGAGGAAUAUUACAGAAUGUACCCUUUCCUUUGUCGAGGUGUAAGAAGUUUUGCAAGAGAACAUUAUCGUGGCAUCCCAGCCAGUAAAGAUUUGUAUGUUGCAUUUGAAGAAGUUCCAACAAGACAAAAAAUAAGAGAGCUACGGAAUGGGAGAAUUGGAACAUUGUUGAGAAUUAGUGGUCAAGUUGUCCGAACUCAUCCUGUCCAUCCUGAAUUGGUCAGUGGAACAUUCACAUGCUUGGAUUGCCAAACUAUUAUAAAAGAUGUGGAACAACAAUUCAAAUAUGUGCAGCCAACAGUCUGCAGAAACCCACAAUGUGGUAAUCGUUCAAAGUUUGUGCUUGAUACAAACAAAUCCAGAUUUGUUGAUUUUCAAAAAGUGAGAAUACAAGAAACACAGUCUGAACUUCCAAGAGGAUGCAUUCCUAGAAGUGUUGAAGUAGUUGUUCGUGCUGAAGCAGUUGAAAUGGCUCAAGCUGGUGAUAGAUGCGAUUUUAUUGGAACGUUGAUUGUUGUGCCAGACGUGGGACAACUUGCAACACCAGGGACAAGAGCUGAAACAUCAACAAGAACCGGCGGUGACAGGAGUUUUGAAACAGAGGGAAUCAGAGGUCUGAAAGCAUUAGGUGUUCGCGACUUGAAUUAUCGUCAAGCUUUUCUUGCCUGUCAUGUCACUGCUACCAAUCCCACAUUUGGUGGGAAAGAAAUAAGAUAUGAUGAACAAACAAUCGAAACUAUUAAGAAUCAAAUGACAGAAUCGGAAUGGGAAAAAAUUUAUCAAAUGUCUUGUGAUAAAAAUCUCUACAAUAAUCUAUGUCAAAGCUUGUUUCCAACUAUUCAUGGUAAUGAUGAGGUGAAACGUGGGACUUUGCUGCAGUUGUUCGGAGGUGUUCCAAAAAUUACCCUGGAGAAGACAACGCUUCGUGGAGAUAUUAAUGUCUGCAUUGUUGGUGAUCCCAGCACAGCUAAAAGUCAGUUUCUGAAACAAGUAGAAGAAUUCUCACCUAGAGCUGUAUACACAAGUGGUAAAGCAUCAAGUGCUGCUGGUUUAACUGCUGCUGUUGUUCGAGACGAAGAAACGAAUGAGUUUGUUAUUGAAGCUGGUGCUCUCAUGUUGGCUGACAAUGGUGUUUGUUGUAUUGAUGAAUUUGAUAAAAUGGAUCCUCGUGAUCAAGUUGCAAUUCAUGAAGCAAUGGAACAACAAACUAUAUCUAUAACCAAAGCUGGUGUCAAGGCAACUUUGAAUGCAAGAACAUCUAUACUCGCUGCAGCAAAUCCAAUCGGAGGUCGAUAUGAUCGUGCUAAAUCACUUCGACAGAAUAUUGCACUAACUGCUCCAAUCAUGUCCAGAUUUGAUUUGUUCUUCAUUCUUGUUGAUGAAUGCAAUGAGGUUACAGAUUAUGCGAUUGCACGACGUAUUGUCGAUCUACAUGCAAGACUGGAACAUUCUGUUGAUCGGACAUAUUCACUUGAAGAAAUGCAGAGAUAUCUGAUAUUUGCUAGAAUGUUUAAACCCAAGAUAACUAAAGAUGGAGAAGACUUUAUGGUUGAUGAAUAUAAAAGAAUGAGAGAAAGAGAUUGUUCUGGAGUUGCAAGAUCAUCAUGGAGAAUCACAGUGAGACAGCUAGAGAGUCUUGUCAGAUUGUCAGAAGCGAUGGCGAGACUUCAUUGUCUGGAAGAAGUUUUACCAAAGCAUGUGAAAGAGGCUGCAAGACUUCUCAAUAAAUCAAUCAUAAGAGUCGAAACACCCGACAUUAAUUUUGAUCAAGAUGAAGAGAUCAUGGACGAUGAACAAACAGCUGAAAACCAGGAUGCAUCACAAGAACAGGCGACGGCCACUCGUGUGUUACAAUCUCAGGAUUCUAAUCUUCCUUCUGGUGAUUCUGCUACCACUCCUGCGAAGAAAGUUCAGAGUAAAAUUUCAUUCGAAGAUUAUAAAAGAAUGAGUAAUAUGCUCGUCUUACACAUGAGACAGAAAGAAGAGGCCGCAGAAGAAGAAUCAGGAGAGGGUGACGGUGGAGCUCUGAAAAAAUCAACAUUAAUCAACUGGUAUUUGGAACAAAUAGCUGAAGAUCUGGAAUCUGAAGAAGAUUUAAUCGAGAAGAAAACUGUGUUAGAGAAAGUUAUCAAUAGACUCGUAAACAGGGAUCAUGUUUUGAUUGAGCUUGGACAAACUGGAUUAAAAGAUGGCGAGUCAGCAGAAAGUCAUGAAAAGGAUCCAAUCCUCGUUGUUCACCCAAACUAUGUCAUCGAAGAAUGAGAACUAAACAUGCAAAUAUUGUGUGAAGGACUAGUCCACUUCCCAUUUGUACAUGGCAAGAAAAUUGCAGAAAUGAGGCAUAAGUUAGUAAAGGAAACUGAUCUAUUGAGCUUUACUAGGGAGUGACGAAUAAUAAAUGACGAUAGAAUUGUUUUAGGAUUAUUUCUCAGGUUCCUUAUUUAUUCACACAAUCAUGAUUCAGUGGUGUAUAAAUGUAAAGAAAUUCGCCACACAAAUACUAGUUCUUAAAUUAUGUAUCUUUCCAGUAAAAUUUGUUAUCUUGUUUGAAAUGUCUGCUCUUUUACUAGUAUGGUAGGACACAUUUUCAGACUAUUUACACGCAACUUGCUUCACCUUCUCAAAUUGGUCAAAAUGUCAUCUUGGCUUAAAUUUUGAUCCAGGGCAAUGUUUACAGAGUAGUAUGCCCUCUAACAUAGUGUGAAAAAUAACAAAGCGUUUCUAAAUUGGAGAAAAACCAUUUUGUCUUAGCUGUGCCUCUUCACACCUAGUAGUAUUGUGAUGUGGAUAUAGUAAUAAAAUCCACUGGUUUAUCUAAAACUUUCACAUUUAACUUUUUUGCAGACGAUCUGUGUCCUGAUCAUGCCAUAUCUUCCGUACACUGCCAGUUUUUUUCUAGAUUGUUAAAUAAAAUUUGUAAAUGAGUUGGUA